AUGGAGAAUAAUAGUAGAGUGUGUCUUGUUUGUAACAAGUCUUUUUCUAAUGGGAAAGCUUUAGGAGGCCACAUGAAGUCUCACUUAGCCAGGUCGUCAAUCACUAGAAAACCUCCCAUUAACAUCCAAGUGUCUCAAUACUCAUCUGAGUCAAAAAGACAUCCAACUAAAUCGAUCUCUGUAUCUUCUUCAUCAACUCACAAUUCUAGAAACAACCCUAUACAUAAUCUUCGAUCUCAGAAAAGGAACUACUAUUAUACCCUAGCAAACUUUGGUAGGUAUAAUGCAUUUAAGUUUUAUCCAAAAUACCCAACUCGAAAAAGAUCAAAGCGCAAUCGUAGGAAAAAAUGUGUGUCUGAAGAAAAAGAUGAGAAUUCAAAAUUUAGUGUGGCUGAAGAAAAAGAAGAGAAUUCGCUCAUUAAUGUGGCUGAAGAAAAAGAAGAGAAUACACAAUUUAAAUUAGUGUAUAAUGAUUUUGAUAUAGAAGCUGCAGAAACAUUAGUCAUUAUUUGUAUGAAAGAAUGGCAACAAAUUGAGAAGAAAAACUUUGAAGAGAAGGUAAAAAUUUAUGAAAAUUAA